CUUUUCCAGAGUGGGCUUUGUCGUCAUCGCCUACUUUAUGAGUCCCGUAGAUGGCCGCGGGUUACUUGUUUUUCCUGCGUCUUACUGCUCACCCAAGAGUAAACCUAUUCCCAGAUAACGCCGGUGCACAGAUGCUCGCUCCACUUUGGAAUUAGCAUGUUUGUCCGUGAGCCCUUUUGCAUAAGUGCAAACAUGAUUUGCUGUGCAACUAAAGACACCUGGUGCACCACGUCUUUAAUCACUCGGAGCUGGUUGUUGCUCAUCACCGAUGGGUCAGUGAUAGGUGUUUUCUCAACCUACAUCAAAGAAGGAAGGGCUAUUCUGAACAAGGAAGAAAGAACACAGAAACUAACAUCCUACACGGGCAGACUAACAGGUAAGGAGUAUUCUGGUAGAUAAAAAAAAAAACACAUGUUCAAGGUGAAGGGAUAAAGCUAGUACUGUGUUUCACAUGGUUUAACAAAUUAGAACACUAAACAUUUAAAUGAAAACAACUAGUAAACCUACUAAUGUAAGAAUGAUAACAAAACAUAAUUGUUUCAACAGUCAGAAGAUGAAUAGUUCCCGUUCAGACGUCUGUUGUGCCUUUGAUUCUCCCAUCCUGGACCGGGUUCUGCCUCCAGUUCUGAUCCUGGAGUUCGUGUUCGGAUUAUUGGGGAAUUUCUUGGCUCUGUGGAUGUUCACCUUCUACAUGGACACGUGGAAGCCCAACUCCGUGUACCUCACCCAUCUAGCGGUUGCGGACUCCGUCGUACUGUUCUGCCUUCCCUUCAGAGCGGACUACUACUGGCGUGGGAAGGACUGGAUCUACGGUGACAUCCCGUGCCGCAUACUGCUCUUCCUGCUGGCCGCCAACCGUGCGGCGGGGAUCUUCUUCCUCACAGCCGUGGCCGUCGACCGAUACCUCAAGAUCGUCCGCCCGCGGAACCCCAUCAACCGCCUGGGCCUGGGCUACGCUUUGUGGGUCUCAGUCGGCCUGUGGGGGUUGAUUUUUCUGGCCACCGGGUAUCUUCUCGCCAGCGAGCACUUUUUCUACAACAGCAACCGCACACAGUGCGAGAGUUUCAACAUCUGCAUGGGCGUCACGCCUCUCUCCAUCUGGCACAACGCCUUCUACGUCAUCCAGUUUUUCCUGCCGACCGCCAUCGUGGCGUUCUGCACCAUCAGAAUCACCUGGCAGCUGAGAAACAGGACUUUGGACAAACGGGGGAAGAUCAAGCGCGCCGUUCAGUUCGUCGCGGCCGUGGCCCUCAUCUUCAUCACCUGCUUUUUCCCCAGCACCAUGUCUCGCAUCGCCGUGUGGAUCCUAAAGGUGUGGUAUGACGAAUGCAGACAUUUCGAAGAGGCCAACCUGGCGUUCUACACGACCGUGUGCUUCACCUACUUCAACAGCGUCCUCAACCCCGUCGUGUACUAUUUCUCCAGUCCGUCGUUCAGCGGCUCCUUCAGAAAGGCGCUGAACAAACUGCGGGGAAGGAGCGACGACAAGGAGCCGACGCAGUCGACCGACAGCAACUUUUCCACUGUUGACGGUGACGGCAUCUGAAACCACUGGACGGGGGAAACGGCAAUGAGUGAAAACGUUUUUUACACGUUUAUAGCUGUAAUAAAAGGCAGAAAAGAUUUUAAAAAAUAAAAUAAAUAAGUAGCGCACCUCA